AUGGCGGCGCCCACAGAACACGUUGAAGUCUCAUCCACAGAGACAGAAAAGGACAAAACGGAAGCUCCAGAAACCUCCACGGACUCAGAACCGGCAGCUCCGGAACCAGACCCGAAUUCAGACGAGGAUGAGGACGAGGACGGAGGGGAGCCGCCCGGGCCGAAGGUUCGGGACACGCCGGAGGACAUCCGGCUGGAGGCGGCGGCCAACACGGUGGCGCUGCACCCGAGCCGGGACGUGCUGGUGUGCGGGGACGUGGACGGGGACGUGUACGCCUUCUCCUACUCGUGCACGGAGGGAGAGAACCGGGAGCUGUGGUCGUCCGGACACCACCUGAAGUCCUGCCGCCAGCUGCGCUUCUCCGAGGACGGCCUGAAGCUGUUCAGCGUGUCCCGGGACAAGGCGGUCCACCUGCUGGACGUGGAGCAGGGGCGGCUGGUCACACGGAUCCGGGGAGCCCACGGAGCCCCGAUCAACAGCCUGCUGCUGGUGGACGAAAACAUCUUGGCGACCGGAGACGACGGAGGAACCCUGAAGGUUUGGGACAUGAGGAAGGGGACGUCCAUUAUGGACCUAAAGCACCACGAGGACUACAUCAGCGACAUUGCUGUGGACCAGGCCAAGAGGAUCCUCCUCACAGCCAGCGGCGACGGCACGAUGGGCGUCUUCAACAUCAAGCGGCGGCGUUUCGAGCUGCUGUCGGAGUACCAGAGCGGCGACCUGACCUCGCUGGCCAUCAUGAAACGGGGGAAGAAGGUGGUCUGCGGCUCCAGCGAGGGAACCAUCUACAUCUUCAACUGGAACGGCUUCGGCGCCACCAGCGACCGGUUCGCCGUCAAGGCCGAGUCGAUCGACUGCAUCGUCCCCGUCAGCGACAGCAUCAUGUGCACCGCCUCCAUGGACGGACACAUCCGCGCCAUCAACCUGCUGCCCAACCGGGUCAUCGGCUGCAUCGGGCAGCACGUCGGCGAACCCAUCGAGGAGCUCGCCAAGUCCAGAGACUCGCGCUUCCUGGUCAGCUGUGGCCACGACCAGCUCGUCAAGUUCUGGGACAUUUCCAAUUUGCCCGGCACCAAGGUCCAGGAGUACCGCAAGAGGAAGAAGAAGGACGGCCGCAUGAAGUCGCUCACCAAGAAGGCGCUCGGAGACGACGACUUCUUCGCUGGACUGGUGGAGGACGCCGAGAAGAAGGAGGAGGAAGACAAGGAGGAGGAGGAGGAGGACGACGAGGAGGAGGACAGCGACAGCGAUUAAACUCUGCUUACUGGGACAUCAGACCUGAAGAAGCAAAGCGACGCUGCUGCUGUUUGGUCGAAGACUUGGUCUGAAGCGCAUCCAGUUGUCUGAACAACGAGGGGCGAUGCUGGUGCUGCCAAACCCAAAGACCGGAAACCAACCGCUGGUCCCUCUGGAGUCCACGGUGAGGAGAAGUAUUCAGUAAUCCUCACUGAUCCUGAACUGAAGCGCUGGUCGUGUCCGUGGAGGUCCGGACGAAGGUGGACUUCUGCCACGUGGUGAUCAACGCUACGGGGCAGAAGUACAGACGCUGUGGGGGCGUUUACAACCUGUGAGCCAGCUGCAGGAUGUCCACUAUGUCCUCUGUGAAUUUGCUGUUUGUUGUGAAACAAUUCCACUCAUUAAAAGAGUUUAGUUUUUCAGUGUGUUCUGCUGGUUUAAAUGAAUUCAGAAUACACGUUCCACAGAAAACCACAUGUUUAUUUUAAUGCAUUUUCAUCGUCACGCAAAGCAUCCGUCACGUCUUUAGUUCACAUAACCGUUGUUACGUUAGGUCGCCAUUCGUAUUUAUGCUAAACGAGCUUUCAUUCAGGUUGCCAUCGACCUGCUUCCAGAUUUCAAACACACUGCUUUGGUUUUUUGGUCCUUUAAAUGUAAAAGAGGAAAAAAUAGAGCCAUAAAAAUGUUAGUUUCACAUUUCUUUAGCCCGUACACACCUCAUUGUCAUAUUUUAAAACCUUGCUAUAAAACUUUAUUUAAAAAAAGCAUUAAAUAAAAUAAAAAUUGACAGCCACUGAUCCCAUUCUGUUAUCUAUCUUGCUUUUUUAUGAAUUUAAUUUUUUUGUUUAAUCUAUGUACACUUUUUUUAAAUUAAGUACAUUUAAAAAAAAUACAUUCAUUCAUUUUCACUGAGUAUGAAUAACUUUAAUAGAUUUGAAAUGAUCUUGAAAGUUUUUGUGUUAUAUAUGAUUUUUUUUUUAUAUAAGAAAUGUCCUUUUAACUGUAUUUUUACAGUUGUGACAGCAAGAUAUCCAAUAAAUAUCGAAAGCUGCAUUAA